AUGGCUGCGCUCUUCCAGCACUUGAGGAUCCUGCUGUGGAAGAACUGGCUGAGUGUCAGGAGGCAGCCGGUAUGGUCGUUCAUUUUAAUUUCCUGGCCUGUGGUUGUUUUCAUAAUCUUGGCUAUCAUCCGUCUCAAAUUCCCCCCAGAACCACAGCCAAACUGUUAUCUUGCACCCCGAAACCUUCCUAGUGCAGGCUUCUUCCCAUUCCUGCAAACUGUGCUGUGUGAUUCAGAUGCCAGAUGUAAAGGCACACCAUACACACCAGAAGAUCUUCUGCCAAGGCUUAACGACAUCUCAUCUCUCAGACUUAAGCGGAGAAGCUCAUCUAGAGUGUCCAAGGACAACCAUCCAUCACCAUGGAGUGCUAAGGUUCCUAAAAGCAGGAAUGCUUCACUGGCAUUCAGGGAUGUGGUAUCUCGUGGAGUAAACACACUUUGGAAUAUUUCAUCACCAUCCAACUUGACUUCUAGCAUCAACGUGUUCAACAAAAUCCUUAGCUUUGGGAAGAGCAAGACACAAUAUUCAGUCGGAGCAAAUCUCAAAGUCAUUCUGUGUGAGAUCUUGUCACUAUACAUACCAGCUCCUGGUCUCACUGAAGAGAAGAUGGCAGCCAACAUCCACAGGACAUUCUGCUUUACUGACUCAUCACUUUUAGAGUCCUUUACCCAAGAGUUCAGAAGUCAGUUGUCUCAGGUGCAACACAACCCACGAUACCAAGCAGCAUUUGUUGACGAAAUGGUCUCACUUCUAACGCUCGCCUCCCAAGUGCAGAAUGACACCUCACUGUGGCAUCUCUUUUUGCUGGCUCCAGAUGUGUUUCAGGGCAGCAUACAGCUCCAAGACAUAUUUGAUUUUCUUCAGAAUGCAAGCAGUGUUGUGCUGGCAGCUCAGAAUGUCUCUGCAUCACUUGUUACUGAUGAUAGAUUCAAAACUGUUCAAAACGGGGUUACAGAUCCCCCAUAUUCCCUGAAUUGCUUGGAGCAAGGUAAAGAAAAAGGUUUGGUGAUUAGAUAUAUUUGUAAUCACUUUAACUGGAAAGAUAAGUGGACUUUAGGAUCAGAGUUGGAAGAAGUUCUGAGAAAAAUAAAGUUACCGGAGAUUGGUGGAAAAGUCUCCAAGAGGUCCAUUAAUUCAGAUGAUUUAGAAGCCAUACAAAAGUCUCUACAUCGUUUAAAAGGCUUUGAGAAAAAAAUGAAUAGAAGUGAAUUAAAAAGCUUAAAUCUAUUCAGAAAUUUGAAGAAUGAAACAUUACAGAAAUUGUAUGCAAUUCUUGAACUGGGAAUGAAUCCACAUCAUGAUUAUAAAUUAAAGGAAGCAUAUAAUAAGGAAAUAAUUGAUGAAAUCUAUAACUUCACAUCAUGGCAAUUACGGAGUGACUUUAACAGGACUUCCAUUUUCAAUAUAAUGAUCCAGUGGAAAGAAAUUCAGAGUGCUUUAAAAUUAGCUACAAUUAUUUGGAAUCCAGUUUUUUUAAAUAAUUCUGGUUUUAGUACAGCACAAACUGAGAAUGCUCUCAAAACGUUACUCACCACUAGCCUGCCAUCAUUUCUGGAAGACUUAAGAGAUCAUUUUGAUGGAAUGGAAGAAAUACCAUCUUUGAUUUCCAAUUAUCUUCUUAAACCUGUGUCAUACAGAAGCUUUCCAGACCAACUUCUAGCUCUCCAAAAGAUAUUUUUUAUAAUGACGCAUGAAAGCAUCGGUUAUGAGUACCUACUGUUGCCUGUGUUUGAGCUGAUGCGAAAAGUAGAAAGCUCCAUGGGUGAAUCGUGGUGGCAUGAAUUGAAUAGCUAUUGGCGCCUUGCUGAAAAGCUGAGGUCGAUGAAAUGGAAUAAUACAGGCAUCGUAGCCUAUGGGCAGUUUGUAGAGGUAUUAAACAGCCAUUUUAAAAAGCUGAUCAAUAAUUCAAAUAGUCUUUUCAGUGAACAGUUUGGUCAACUGUCUGAAUUUAUAACUGCUGUAUUUAAAGAGUUUGAUGGGGAAAACUGGGAAAUAGCCAAUAUCUCUCUUGUUACUCAAGCCGUACAGAAGACCUUGUAUGUAUUAAAAGACUUACAACUCAAUUAUAACAUCAGUAAAUUGAAAUAUAUAGAUCUGUUCUUUAAUUUUGACAAUAAAACCUUUGAGAGAUUUUCUGAACUUCUGAGGACAGGAAUGAAAAUCCUCCGCUAUAGAAAUGCCGGUGAAGCUUCCAGGAGAGAAAUGAUUAAUGCUGUCUAUAACUUAACACACCUUGUACUGCAGGAAUACAGUGAGUCUUCCAUACAGCACAACACUUCACUGAAGGCAAAAAUCUGGGAGUUUUUGCAUGUAGUCCUGAGCCCUUUCCUUGAGAAUAGAGACGGCAGUUCCAGAACAAUCCAGAAUUGCUCCACUCAGGAUGUGCUCCACAUAACACUUCAGAUGCUUUUUGAGAAUGCCACUCUCAGUGAGUCCUUAGCCACCAGCCCCUGCAAAGAUCUCUUUGCCUCCAUGGAUGUCGAGAGUGGAACCGUGCACAACGAAACCUUCACGAAAAUGUUCCAGCUUGCCAUAAGGAACCUGAAACUGUCUCCAGAGUUUGCUGCUGUCUACAAGAACAGCAGCGAAAGCUUUUCCAGGGAGCUGUCAUGCAUCGUGCAGUCUCUGCAGUUUUCCCUGCGUUUCCUUUCCAAAUUAAAGCUUGUCUCUGAGGUGGAAAACUCUUGGGUAGAGGAGAAGACGAGAGCUCUGACUGCUCUCCUGGAGACACUGCUGCAGAGCAAUGCCUCCUGCCCCAUGGCAGUCAAGGAUGUGGCUGGUAUGCUCCCACCUCAGCUUUUGAACAUGCUCCUUCGUUUUGUGCUGAACGAGACAGAACUAAAUUCUCUAAACUUCUCUGUCAGCUCAGCAGACUGGCAUAGGGUGCCUGUGUUUUCUCAUCUGUUACCAACUAUUUUCCCUUGGAACAGCAGUAUAAAUGAACUACUAAAGGUUGGUGGAAAUGCUUCCCACGGGUCCGAGUGGGAACAUUUUUCGCGUCUGUGGCAUGCCACUGGCAAGGUGCUGACCACCAAAUGGAACCUAACGGAAGUGGAUGAGUAUGUGAAACUCCUGGAAAUUGUGAAAAAAGCCCUAAUUGUUGUGGACUUUGGACUAGCUCCUGGAAAAUCAUUCAUAUAUAAUAUUUUCAGUAAUUAUUCUGAAGGAAUGAAAACCUCAGAUCUGAAUGAUUACUAUAGCUUAUUUAAACUCCUUUUCAAUUCAACUUUUGCCACAAAGAGCAUGCUGGAAUUGGAAAGAAUUCUUCAAGAAAUGAUCUCACUGUAUGAGAUAGGUGGUGAAGGAUUGUUUUACACUAAUCCCCAGUGGAAAGAAAAUCAAGAUAUUCUAUCCACGGCUGCAGUGAUUUGGAAUCAGAUCAUCUUAAACAGAACUCAUUUUAAUACAGAGAAAACAUGGGAGGUUGUCAAAAUGAUUGCAUUUCAUGCAAUUUUGCUUGAAGACAUAGAAAAUUAUCCCAGUACAAGUGAAGAAGUGUCAUCAUUAUUUUCUGACUUCUUGUUGACCCCUAUAACUUCUGAGAAUUUGGCAGAACAGCUCUUGUCCCUUGAGAAGCUUCUUGCUGCUGUGGCAAAGGUGAAUACUAGUGAUCGUUAUCUGCUGAUCUCUUCUUUGUCUAAGAUAAUGCAGAAGCUCCAGAAUUCUCCUCGUCAAAGCCAGGGAAAUGAACUUCAUGCUUUCUUCCAGAUUGCUGAAGUUGUUCAGUCCAUGAACUGGGACAGCACAGGCAAUCUUACUUUCCAAUCACUUCUAGACAUACUGCAAAAUCAGUUCAGUACCAUGAAAAAUGACUCCAGUCUUCCUUUUGGUAAGGAACUGAAGCAGAUAAUGACCUUUAUUUCCUCCAUAUUUGAGCUGUAUGAUGAAGAUGACUCCAGGGGAACCAUGUACUCACAAGCCAUACAAAGAAGUAUCUUUAUACUAAAAGAUUUGCAGCAAAGUUACAAUAUCAGUGACCUUGAAACUAUUAACCUAUUAUUUGAUUCUUACAGCAACUAUACCCAAAGACUGUUUGAAAUAUGGAGAGCAGGAAUAAAAGUCCUUCAUGACACGAACUUAAACAAAACGUUUGAAGAAAAGAUAGAUAUUGUCUAUCAUUUCUUCCAUCUGUUGCUGCUCAGGGAGUUCAGUGAGUCUUCCUUACCACACAAUGCUUCAUUAGAAGCUAGAGCAGUGGAUCUCAUGUUCUUAGCCUUGAGCCCUUUCCUUGAGAAUAGAGACGGCAGUUCCAGAACAAUCCAGAAUUGCUCCACUCAGGAUGUGCUCCACAUAACACUUCAGAUGCUUUUUGAGAAUGCCACUCUCAGUGAGUCCUUAGCCACCAGCCCCUGCAAAGAUCUCUUUGCUUCCAUGGAUGUCGAGAGUGGAACCGUGCACAACGAAACCUUCACGAAAAUGUUCCAGCUUGCCAUAAGGAACCUGAAACUGUCUCCAGAGUUUGCUGCUGUCUACAAGAACAGCAGCGAAAGCUUUUCCAGGGAGCUGUCAUGCAUCGUGCAGUCUCUGCAGUUUUCCCUGCGUUUCCUUUCCAAAUUAAAGCUUGUCUCUGAGGUGGAAAACUCUUGGGUAGAGGAGAAGACGAGAGCUCUGACUGCUCUCCUGGAGACACUGCUGCAGAGCAAUGCCUCCUGCCCCAUGGCAGUCAAGGAUGUGGCUGGUAUGCUCCCACCUCAGCUUUUGAACAUGCUCCUUCGUUUUGUGCUGAACGAGACAGAACUAAAUUCUCUAAACUUCUCUGUCAGCUCAGCAGACUGGAAUAACCUGUCCAUGUUCUUCAGCAUGGCACAGAGUGAGCUUCGUGUGAAUGACAUGCUGCAGAGAUUCCAAGAUUCUUACAACCUCACCAAAUUGAGUUAUUUCUCAAGCAUCUGGGAUGUGAUUGACAGAUCACUGAAUAGUGAAAGGAAUCCAGCUGAAGUGGCCGCGUUUGCAAAGUUACUGGAAGCAGUGGCAAACAACUUUACCAACCACAUGUCAGCUCUAGACAUCAUAGAAGCAGGUCGCUAUGUUCUUAAGCUGCUGAACAUCUCUGAUCUGCUAAAUGAACUCAGUACAAGUUCCAGUUCGGCUUCUCUUUCCAAUAAAAUUAGUUUGGAUACUGUGUUUGACAUAGUCGCUCAUCACUUCAUUGACAUGGCAGAAACUCUAUACAACAAGACCCUGCCUUGGACUCAAAGUGACCAAACUCUGUCACCCACCAGUCUGAUCACACGGUUUCUGUUUUUAGAAUUUGAAAGCACCGUCUUACAAGUGACAGCAAAUAACAGCUAUAACCCUUACCUGAUGUGUUUAAUAAAUGCCACUGAAGUUGAAGACAGUGAAUUGACAGAAAACAUCAUGCUGCUCUUGAAGCAAUCUCAUCUGAAAAAGAACUAUUUUAUGCAAAAUAAUACCUCUGAGAAACACUUAUCCAUACCAGAGCUCCUGAAGCUAAAAAUAUCUCUCCUCUGGAAUCUGACAACACUUCUGUGUGACUAUGAGAGCUUAAAGUCAGUGCAGCAUAUUUGCCAUCUCCCUAAUGUUAGCUUUGAAGAACUCUGUGAGCAGAGUCAAUCUCAUGAACAACUUCUCCGUGCUAUUGAGCUGAGCAAUCAAGUUGUGACCAAUGUACUGAAUGGCAGAAAGGUCUCCGACGAGCUUCGGAACAUACUUAUUGGGGAUGCCACAGAUGUCCAGGCACAAAUGAAGUGGUUUCAAGAAAAUGUACCAGAAAUUGCUUUCUUUCAAGAGAUUCCUCAGUAUAUGACAGCUUUGAAUUCCAUGUUGAACAUCACUGAGAAUUUAACAGAUUCCAGCAUUCCAGAAAAGUUAAGAGAUGUGUUUAAAAAUGUGGACCAGCUCAAAGAGGAUCUCAAAAACACAACAAGAAUGUCCACAGCCAGUAUCAAUGCUCUUCUGGAAGCAUCUCUCCCAGAAAACAGCAGUCAUUUAAUUUCUCAGAUCCUUCAGCUGGAGUCUUGUAGCAUCCGUCCUUCUGACCCACAUCUACAGACAGUAGCAGAAGAGUUCUGCAAUCUCUCUCUUUCAGAGAGGACUCGUGAGACUUACAUCCUUGGGGUCACCCUGUUACGACACUUGGACAUUUACAAUUUCUUAUACAAGAUGUUAUUCCCUAAGGAAAUUCAGAAACCUGUGGACAAGAUUUUAAGCCUUCUGACAAAAAUGAAAUAUUUUCAACACCAAGUAGAGUCCGAUGUUGAUCCAUUGCUACAAGCCAUUCAUUCACUGAAAAAGCUCCGACAGUCUAGAAAGACACCACUGAGUAAGGCGUUACUUAAGCCAAACAACUUCAGGAUAACACACGGCACGUUUAAAUCCAUGUCAAAAGUUCUCUGCAACCAGGAGAUCACACCUCUAUUUUUUGAGUCCUUGCUUCCUGAUUUUGGAGACCCUAUACAAAACAGUUCUUCUGUGGAGGAUAUCCAUGUCCAAAAGAUGAUGAGGAAAUAUGGGAUUCCUCAUGAUUCCACACCGUUUUGUUUAUCUUUCUACCUGGAUCUGGUCAAGACACCAACCGGAGCUUUAAUUUGGUCUUUUUUAAAACCAAUGGUGUUUGGGAAGAUCCUUUAUACACCAGAUACACCAGAAACUCGAGCAAUCAUGGAAAAGUCUAAUGCCACCUUGAAGCAGAUGGCUGAUCUAGCUCUGAAGUCUCAGGAAUGGCUGGAUAAGUCUCCUGCCGUCAUGAAUUCACUGACUAAGUUAAACCAGACGGUUCCAGUGAUCAAGAAUGCCCUACAGAAUCCCUUUGUGCAGGUUUUUAUCAAGGUGAUGGUGGAUUUGGAUGGAGUUGAAUUGCUGAGCCAAAUAAACACACUUGAUGAUAUUCGGCUGGAAUUACAGAACAAUGCUGACAUUGUUGAUCAGCUGAACACAUUAGCUACCCUUGCUGUAAAUGUGUCCUCCUGCGUCUCGUUUAAUCGCAUUCGGGCAGUCAAAACCUUAGAGGAAAUGGAAAUGAUGGCUAAAGAACUCUUUCUAAAGAACGAACUGUUUGCAAGUAUCAUUUUCAAGCUGCCUUCAAGCUGGAGCAGCCCAGUCCAUGGGGCGUUGGCCCUCCCUCCUCUGCUCAACUACACCAUCAGGAUGAGCAGCAGGAUCACGCAGACCACCAACAGGAUCAGGGAGCGCAUCUGGACUGUGGGACCACACAACUCCACCUCGCAGAGUCAGAUCUACAGCCGGGCAUUUAUCUAUAUCCAGGACAGCAUUGAAAGAGCCAUUAUUCAGUUGCAGACUGGCAAGAAGCUAGAGGAAAUAGCUGUUCAAGUCCAGGCCAUGCCUUAUCCCUGCUACAAUAAGGAUAUGUUCUUAACCAGCGUGACCUACUCUCUUCCGUUUGCUCUGAUGGCUGCCUGGGUGCUGUUUAUAGCUGAUUUUGUUAAAACACUUGUUCAAGAGAAAGAUCUGAGGCUUUAUGAGUACAUGAAGAUGAUGGGUGUUAAUGCAAGCAGCCAUUUCAUUGCCUGGUUCAUAGAGUGUGCCAUCUUCCUUCUAAUCACGGUCACCUUCCUCAUCGUUGUCCUGAAAGUGGGUGACAUCCUUCCCAAAACAAAUACAGCGCUCCUGUUCCUGUACCUUAUGGACUACAGUUUGUCCAUCAUAGCCAUGAGCUAUUUCAUCAGUGUUUUCUUCAACAACACCAACAUUGCAGCAUUGGUGGGCAGUCUCGUGUACAUCCUCACUUUCUUCCCCUUCAUUGUAUUGCUUGUCAUUGAAAAUCACUUGAGCUUCUCUGUGAAGAGCCUGCUGAGCCUGCUGUCUCCAACUGCAUUCAGUUAUGCAAGUCAGUACAUUGCUCGCUAUGAGGCACAGGGCAUAGGUCUGCAGUGGGACAACAUGUAUAAAUCUCCAAUGAUUGGAGACAACACAUCCUUUGGCUGGAUGUGCUGGCUCAUUCUGAUAGAUUCUUUCAUUUACUUCAUCCUGGGAUGGUAUAUAAGGAAUGUUUUCCCAGGGAGAUACGGCAUGGCUGCUCCCUGGUAUUUCCCACUGCUUCCAUCUUACUGGCUUGAAUACAACUGGCUCCCCUUCUGGAGUGAGAAACAAAGAGGCUUCAUCUUCACCAAGCUUGUGUUAAGGAAAGAAGCCAGCCACAACAAUCAGAUAUGUGCCCCCCCACCUCACCUGGAGCCAGAACCCACUGAUCUCACCCUGGGAGUCUCCCUCCAUGGCAUAACAAAAGUUUAUGGAUCCAAAGCUGCAGUGGACAACCUAAGCCUCAACUUCUAUGAAGGGAAUAUAACUUCUCUGCUGGGACACAAUGGAGCUGGGAAAACUACGACCAUAUCUAUUUUGACUGGGUUGUUCCCUACAUCAUCAGGCACUAUUGUUGUCUAUGGCAAAGACAUCAAGACUGAUCAGGAAGUUAUCAGGAAGAACAUGGGUAUCUGUAUGCAGCACAACGUGCUCUUCAACUACCUGACCACGAAGGAGCACCUGCUGCUAUAUGGGUACAUCAAAGUCCCUCACUGGAGUAAAGAGGAGCUCUACCAAGAAGUUAAGAGGACUUUGAAGGAGACUGGACUCUACAGCCAUCGUCAUAAGCUGGCUGGCUCCCUGUCUGGCGGGAUGAAGAGAAAGCUGUCUAUAGCUAUUGCUCUCUUGGGUGGAUCAAGGGUAGUGAUCCUGGAUGAACCUACUACAGGGGUGGAUCCAUGCUCUCGUAGGAGUAUUUGGGAAAUUAUCUCCAAGAAUAAAAAAGGCAGAACCAUCAUUCUCUCUACGCAUCACUUAGAUGAAGCAGAAGUACUGAGUGACCGGAUUGCCUUCCUGGAGCAUGGUGGCCUCAAAUGCUGUGGGUCUCCAUUCUACCUCAAGGAAACUUUUGGUGAUGGAUAUCACCUAACGCUCACAAAAAAGAAGAAUAUGAUAGAGGAGUGUGACACCGCAGCAGUGACCUCCCUGAUUCAGUCCCACCUCCCAGAGGCUUAUCUCAAAGAGGAUAUUGGUGGAGAACUCGUGUAUGUGCUUCCCCCCUUCAAGUCCACAGUCUCAGGGGCCUACCAGGCACUUCUCAGAGCCCUUGAUACCAGCUUGAGUGAUCUCCACCUUGGUUGCUACGGGAUUUCAAACACAACUGUGGAAGAGGUGUUCCUCAAUCUGACAAAAGAGCUAGGGAAGGACCCACAAGAAGAUGCGGGACUAUCCCAGAGAGUGCCUGGAGCCACUGGUCAAAACAGCGGUGACGAAAUGUCUGUGAGCACGGAUACUUUCACAGAAAGAGAUGACCAGCUCCUGAUCAGAUCUAAGAGCCUGCAGGGGUUGCCAUUGCUGCUUAAGAAGACAUCGGCUUUAUUCAUUAAGAGACUCCACCAUACCCGGCGCGAUGUUAGAGGCUUCAUUGCUCAGGUCAUCCUCCCAGUGCUCUUUGUGAUGGCAGCGAUGGGACUUGGAACGCUGAGAACUAAGGAGACUGAGUAUCCGGAGCUGAUUCUUUCCCCCUCUCUGUAUGGCACAUCUGAUCAGGCAGACUUUUUCGGGAAUUUCAAUGAAACAACAAAUGCUUUAGUUGCUUCGAUGCUUUCUUUCCCUGGAACAGAUAACACGUGCAUGAAUGAAAGCAAUUCGCAGUGUUUAAAGGAAGACAUGCUUGGCCCAUGGAUUACCAAUGGAAACCCCUCAACAAAGUAUUCUGCGUGCAACUGCAGUGAUGGCAUCCAGACAUGUCCACAGAAGAACUAUACUCCCCCUCACAGAAGGACCUUCUCUACACGAAUGCUUUAUAACAUUACGGGGCACAAUGUGGAGACCUACAUUCUGGCAACCACCAAAGACUUCCUGCAGAAACGGUAUGGUGGCUGGAGUUUUGGGAUGCCUUUGACGCGAGAUCUCCAGUUUGAUAUCAAGCCAGUGCCCCCCAGCAGAACACUGACUAAGGUGUGGUAUAAUCCCGAAGGUUAUCAUAGCCUUCCAGCCUAUCUGAACAGCUUGAACAACUUCAUUCUUCGAGCUAAUCUGCCAGAAAAUGAGACUUCCAGAUAUGGUAUUUUCUUAUCAGCUCACCCAUAUCCUGGAGGACAGAGUCAAGAACAAGUAAUGCUCAACAGCUUACUUGAUAUCAUAGUUUCAAUGUCUGUUCUGGUUGGCUACUCUAUCACAACGGCAAGCUUCGUGCUAUAUGUGGUAAAAGAACACCAAACCAAAGCCAAGCAACUGCAGCAUAUUUCAGGCAUUGGGAUGACAAGCUACUGGGUGACUAACUUCGUUUAUGAUCUGGUACUUUUUAUGAUCCCUGUUGGACUCUCAAUAGGAGUUAUUUCAUCCUUCCAGAUACCAGCAUUCUGUAACAACAAUAACUUGCUGGCAGUAUUUCUUCUGUUGCUACUCUUUGGAUAUGCAACAUUUUCAUGGAUGUACUUGCUGGCUGGAGUCUUUAAGGAGACAGGAAUGGCCUUCAUCGUUUAUGUCUGCGUCAACUUGUUCUUUGGCAUCAAUACCAUCAUUACGCACUCCGUUGUGUUUCUGCUCUCCCAGGAAAAGGCCACGGACCAGGGCUUGCGUGAUCUCGCUGAAAACUUAAGGCACGCGUUCCUUCUGUUCCCACAAUUUUGCUUUGGCUACGGCUUGAUCGAACUGUCACAGGAUCAGGCACUGCUGGGCUUCUUGAAAGCCUAUGGAGUGGACUACCCUGACAAAACCUUUGAACUGGACAAGACCACAUCUAAGCUGCUCGCCAUGUUUAUCCAGGGCACUGUGUUUUUUGCCAUUCGUCUGACAGUUCACGAUGGGAUGAUUCAGAAGGUCUGGAACAGCACACUGGAGUUCCUGUUUGACAGAGUGCACGGCAAAGCACCGCUUCUGCUGUCCGUGACUGAAGAGGAUGGGGAUGUCGAGGCAGAGAGGAACCGAGUAGAGUCUGGCAAAGCUGACUUUGAUGUGGUGCUGCUCCAGAACCUCACAAAGAUCUACCACCUUCCUCACAAACGUAUUGUGGCCGUGAAGAACAUUAGCCUGGGGAUUCCUGCUGGAGAGUGCUUUGGUUUGCUUGGUGUGAAUGGAGCUGGGAAGACAACCAUCUUUAAGAUGCUGACAGGAGAUAUCGGAGCAUCCAGCGGAAGGUUGCGGGUCCAGGAUCAUUCUGGGUCCUUGAAUGACAUCACAGAGGCACACUGGUCUCUCUUUGGCUACUGUCCUCAAGAAGAUGCCUUAGAUGAUUUGCUGACGGUGGAAGAGCACAUGUAUUACUAUGCUAGGCUCCAUGGCAUCCCAGAGAGAGAGAUCAAAGGAAUCGUGCUCCAGCUUCUCCACAGGCUGAAUCUGAUGGCCUACAAAGACAGAGUCACCUCUAUGUGCAGUUAUGGCACCAACAGAAAACUGUCAACUGCUCUGGCUCUCAUUGGGAAUCCAUCUAUUCUGCUGCUGGAUGAACCGAGCUCUGGAAUGGAUCCAAAUGCUAAACGCCACCUUUGGAAAAUCAUCAGUGAGGAAGUGCAGAACAAAUGCUCAGUGAUACUCACAUCCCACAGCAUGGAAGAAUGUGAAGCCCUCUGUACCAGGCUGGCUAUUAUGGUGAAUGGGAGUUUUCAGUGCAUUGGUUCUCUGCAGCAUAUCAAGAGCAGGUUUGGAAGAGGAUUCACUGUGAAGAUGCACUUAAAUAGCAGCACAGUUGGCACAGAGAUGCUGACAGAGUUCAUGAAGUCACACUUCCCAAAUACGUGCCUGAAGGAUCGUCAUUUCAACAUGGUGGAGUACCAUGUUCCAGUUUCAGCAGGAGGGGUAGCAAAUAUAUUUGAUCUCCUGGAAGCCAGCAAAGAAGCCUUCAAAAUCAGGCACUUCUCAGUGAGUCAGACAACGCUAGAGGAGGUUUUCAUCGACUUUGCUAAAGAUCAAGCAGAUCCUGAUGGCAUGGACGCUGGUCCCGAUGUGACUUCAGACAGCUCUGAUACCUCUAGCCAGGCUAGCACCAUAAGCUCCAUCUAUUGAAAGGCCCCUACCGUAAGGGAUCACAGGAGCUGAGGAAAAGACCUCACGCCCCCUCUCGGGGUUCUUACAGUUUCGUCCUCUUUUCUAUGAUUCUAGGAUGGUAGGCAUAAAAAGUCACAACUUUUUAAGUACUUUUUUGAUAUGCACUUAUUUUGUUACUGGGAACGUGGUCGGCACUUAAGGCUGGCAUUUGGUUACAAAUCAGGUUGAUCUUUUCACAGGUUGUCUUUUUUUCUGCUCAGUUCUAGUUGUACGAUGGCUUUUAUACCUGUGAGGACUUAGUUGUCAUCGCCUGCUCCUUCUGGCCACGGCCAUUUGCUUACAGGAGAAAUGGCUGUGAUGGAGCAGAGGAGCUGCAGGCAGCGCAGGGUGUUUGACAAAACAGCAGCCCUGGGGCUGCCCUCUGAGAGCCCCCAGUCCCCUUCUUGCUCUGCAACAGACUUUCUGUUGCUCAGAUUUGCCAGGUUCCCCACCGGUGAAAUAGGGUUCAUGGCGCUGCCCCACCUCACAGGGGUGUUGUGAGGAUGUAGGUGUUGUGUACUGAGUUGCAUAUGCCAUUGGUGGGGUCCGUCUUUGGUAAUGACAUAAAGCUUUUCUUUAUGUGUGGGUGAUGUCAGUACAAAUAUAAUUAUUUUAAAAGUCAGCGCUUCCACUGAUUUUGGUUUAUUCCAGCCCUACGUGACACCCAGAAUAAGCCCUCAGCUCCCAGGCAGCUCUUGGCUCUUGGUACCCCAUAGAAGGCCACUCCACCAAACCUGCCUGUUUCUCCUUUUGUCUGGUGCUCAGGGCAUUCCAUUAUGGCAGAAGAAUGGUAUGAAGCAGCUGUACUUGUUAAAUUUGAGCCAAGGGAAACUCUAGCUGGAAGCUGCAUCUUUCUCCCCCUCAUCAUGAAAGGAGUGUUAGUAGUUCAGCUCCCAUGUGAUGCUAAGGCUUGCUGAGAUAAUCGCAAAAGGAAUAGGCGCUGUAAGUACCAAAGCUGUUUAGGACUUUACAGUGGGAUGCAGAAGUUCAGAGAGUUUAGCUACUGUGAGGAUGUCACGCUUUCUCCUUCAUCUCAGUGUAAACUUCUUGCUGAUAGCACGAGGAGUUUUACUAUGGAUUGAAGGUAUUAUCAAGCCUUGAAUUAUGCCUUAACCUGCUGGCUGUAAUUAAAACUUGAAAUUCAGCUUCUUUCCAGAAUGCAUUUGACACCUGCAGUUUAUAAGUAACUGCAAAUGCUGCCCAGACAUUCAUCGUGUCUCCUAUUAUUACAUCUCCAGCUCUGAAAAAGCUCUUUUUUUCCCCCUCUCAUUUUCAUUGCAUAUCUUACACAGAUCACAGUAUAAAAUUAAGCUUUUCUCUAAUGGAGGGCUUGCGCUCCCUGCAAAGGAUGCAGAGUAUGAAUGCCAAUGAUUUAAAUGCAGCCUUGUAAUACCAAUCAGAGUAUUAUUUUAUUAUGUCGAUGGCUUUGCAACUGCCAGUGAAAGAUGGAUCUUCAGGCUCUGUCCAGAUGUACUUUACAUUUAAUUGAGGGAGACCAAUACAAAGCUAUUCUUUUGUCCUGUUAGAGCCUGCUAAUCAAAAAAAGAAAAAAAAAAAAAAAAGGAAGUGAUUCAUUGGAAUACUUCAUCUAGUUGCAGUUUAAUUGGGUAAAAUAGAAUUUCCCCCCAAAAAAGCAAAAAGCAUCCUCUGGAUUUCCACCCAAUUCUGGCAUUAAUGGAAACAUCUGCUUCAUGUGAAAUGUGUCACAGCCGUGAUGUACGCUCUCUGGUUUCACUUGCAGGUAAAAAUAAAACAUCUGCUAUUGCAAUCAAGUCUGCAGGUAUUGGUCCAAACAAGCAAAAGUUUAGGUACUUAAGGGAAUUUAAUUGAAACCUGUGGAGAAGUAGUUACAACUGCUCAGGGGGUUGAAGCAUCUGGCAAGUAGGCUGUAUGGAACAUCACCAGGGGCUGAAUUAUCAUUUUUUGCCAUAUUACAAACUCCCCUCUGAGCCUUGUAGAUUUAACCUGUCCUUUUCUAAGGUAGGACAUGCUCCAGGCUUGGCUCCAGGACAAGAAAUGCAGAAGCUAAUAACAUCCUACCUCUGAAAGCCAGCUCUGGGUUUCUCAUCACCCCUUGGUCUCCCCAAGGAGGGCUCGUUCUGGUUGCAGGAUACAGAGCUACUGCUCAGAAAAUGACUUUUUCAAUAAAGCCAGGCAGCCAGCAAGCCUGGAUCUUUCUCUUGGUCUGAGCAGGGAGCUUAAGAUCACUGAAAACAUUGACCCGGGUGUCUCUGGAAGGGAUAGAGGCACGCUCUGCAUACUGCUGCACAUCGCCUCUCUGUGAGUGAGAGAUGAAUGCUGCAGCCAGGGGAGAAGCAAGCUUUUCAUCUCGCUUCUUUAAUGCAAUCUCACUUCAGCCACCCUAAUAACCUUUCUUCGAGGCAAUGGGGAGCAAUAGUCUAGCCUUGCCAGAGCAAUCACAUGGCCCAUAUGUGUUAAUUGGAACUGCACGGGCUUCAGCUGAGCUUCAUUUAAGAAUGCUUUAAAAUAUUAGUAACACAAGGUGUACACAGUACAACACUAAACAAGUCCAGGGCCAGGGAGUCAAGGAGAGCCUUCAUAAUUGGUUGUGUGGAUUGUGAGAUGGAUUCAAAUCAAUUCUGUAAUUGGAGAUGCAAAUUUGGAGACACUGGCUCAAAUCUCUGUCCCAGCUCUGUACUGCUGGUAAGAGCACGGCACUUUCCAAGCCUGAUCCUUGCUUGGCUUACGCCUCGAUGCAAGUGGCCAUCAAGGGCAGCCAAAGAAAGCUGUCCUGUAGGGCCAAAUCAAACGAUGAUUCAGCCCUGAUCACUCCUGUAAAUAUUAACUGAGGGUCUAAUAGGGCUUCUUCAUCCUUUCAUGAGAACCAUAGCAGUGGUUUUAUCCCUGCACUGGGACAGCAAGCAUGCUUAUAGGUCAAAUGAAGGCAUCCAGGUAAACACCGCUCCAGAGACCAGCAAAGCACAGGAGCUGCUGAUACCAUGUGGAGUUACCUCUGAGGUCCAGAAUGUGUGGGAUCCAGCCAGGCACAGGAUGAGGCCCUGGCCUGUCCUCUGGGCCUCAGCUUUCUUACACUGCUGCAGCUUCACCGAAGAGGCUGUGAGGAGUUAGGGGUUUUUACAAGCCAAGAAAAAUGCAAGCUCCUGCACUUAAUAGGGUUUUUGUGUGUGUGUGUGUGUGUGAGUUGGUGGAGGAAGAAAAAUGGUUGUUAGAUGGCAACAGCACAUAGCAUGAUUUUACUCCCUCUUUUUUGCAGACAACAGCUGUGAUCUUGCAUAGCUAUAACAAAAUAUCUACAGCAUAUUAGAGGGGAGCGCAACAGAGAAAAGAAGCAGUGGGGAAUGACAGAAACGAAUUUGCCAGAAUUAUUAUUCCAUGACAGUAUUUAAAUAAAAAAAAAAAUCACUCUAAUUAAUUUAGUUGUUCAGGGAGAGGGAGGAAAUAAGGAAGAUGGCACUGAAAUAGUAAGAACAACAUUAGUAUGGGACACGGCCAGCACUAACUUACUGUUGGCUUUGCUCCUCACACAGCCUGCAUACGCAGUGCUGGUAAUGAGGGAGGAUGAGCAGCCCUGUGGUGCUGGGGGCAGCCUCUUUGGGGGCCACAUCAUCCAAAAGGAGCCCCCCCGAUCUCUGUGGCGUGGGGGGAGCCCUGGGUCGCCCCAAAGGGGUAUUGUUUUUAGGAGAACUACCAGCCUUGUGUCAGAGUACAAUCCUGUGGCAUCUGAAAGCGAGCACAUGGCAAAAUGGAGGGGAUGGGGCGGUGGCCACAUGCAGUCCAGGAUGAAGAAAAGCUGUGGCUAGUGCUUGCAGCCCGUGGAGCAAAACUUGAAGCCUGGUGCCUCUCCAUUGUGCUCGAUUACAGGGGUGCAGCCACCACUUCAUUUCUGAUCAUUGGUUUAAAAGACUUUUGGAGAUGGGUCAUCACCAGGAAGAGCAAUUCUGAAGGCUUCAUGCUGGGAAAUAAGAGAAAUCAGUGGUGGUUCUCCCCAGGUUUUAAGGCCCAAAGCAACAAUCUGAACAUCCACCCCAACCUCCAGUUUAACACAGGCUCCUGAAUGCCAAGCAGUGGGUCAGUCACUAAAACAAGCAUUUGGAUAGAAAUGAAACAUCUUUUAGAAAGAGAUGAGCUCUUCGCUGACUCCAAAGAAAGAAACCAGGGAGUGCACCUGCAGGGCAUGAGGGAGGAUUUAUGGUAACACACACAAGAUAAAAUCCAAGUGAAGACAGGGUAAUAAUUGAGGUUUUUACCUCCAUUAGCAGGUCAAGGUGAACUCCCAGCCCUCCACUCUCUCUGUCCUAGUUGCCAGCUGAAGGGGUUUCACACAGCCCUGGACUUUAUUGUGCAGCGGUGGUUUCACAGCCAGAGCCUAACAAACAGAGGUGUGUGCAGCGCAGGACGGCGUGCCUCCUCCAUAUCCACACCCGGGGGGUUAUUC